AGGAUGGUUGCGCUGAGGUUCCUCUUUGGGGAGGUGAGAGCUGUCCGGUGCUGAAGGGGGAAGAUGAGCUCAGCGCGCGCCGGGGGGCAGGUAACGUCAGCAGUCGGCCGGAGCAGGAAAAGACUCCAUACACACACCCACCAAGUGUUUAUCUGCGCUUAAUCACUGAUACACAUCGACACACAUGAAUAAUGGGCAGCUAAUCAGCUCCGUGUGACUCAGCGCCGAUUUUCUUCCGAUUCCUGCGCGCCUCGGCAGCAUCCCGCGCCCUCCGCUUGGCUUGAAAUGGGAUGAUAUGGGCUUUUUCAUGUCGACGAAGAUCGGAGGGAUUCUUGCUUUUGCCUUGGUAUUCCUCUCGCUGACAGUGUCAGGAGACCCUCUGACAGAUGUUAAGUGUGAGAACAUUUAUAAAGACUUCUCUGACUGUGUGUUGGAGCUGGGAGACAGUAUGGACAACUCGCAGGAGAACGUAACCAGUGAGAGCGGAGUGGCAGCAGUCUGCAGCCACUGGGAAGCUUUCCACACAUGUGCCCUCACAGCGCUGUCCGACUGUGAGCAAGAAGUCAGCUCUAUCUGGGAGACUCUGAGGCAGGACUCGAGGAAGAUGCGCUUCCAGGGGAGUCUAUUCGACUUGUGCAGCCCCAGCUCCUCUCCCAGUAUAAGUUCACCCCUCGGUACCCUCAUCCUGUCCCUUAUAGGCAUGCUGAUCAUGACUGCGUCCUCUGUAUAGAUGAGGGCUGAGGUGAGGAGGGAUACAUAUCCCCUGGGUUCAGUCCUUCAGAUAUCAAACUUAAAGCCAAGGAUUUAAAUAGAACAAAUGUUUUAAUAAGGAUUAUUUUGACAGAGAGCCAUGGAGGUUUGUGGUGAGCCAAUCAAUAUUUGCUGUGAUGAAUAAUGCUUGAAAUCUUCUCAUAUCCCUCAGCUUGAUCCUCCCACAUGUCGAGAAAGUGACAGUAUAUAGUAAAGGAAAUACAUUUCCGUAAUAUAACUUAUGAGUAAACAUUGCAAAUACUCCAAAGAUUUGAGACAAUCUCUUAGCAGAGUCCAAUCAGACAGUAGUUCGACACCUGUGGCUCUGGGUUACCAGUAUAAAGUAGGUCACAGGGAUUGGGCACAAUAUCAUCAACACCUGCACAAUUCAAUGCAAUCUAAUGAAAUAGCCAUGCUAAGAGAAUUUAUUGUCAUUAUCAUGUUCUGCAGGAUUCAGACCUGAGGUUUAAGAGCUGUGUAUUUGUGGAGUAAUUCAUAUUCUUCUUAUAUUUUAAUACAGCAGGUGUUUAUGUUUUUGUGCCCACACUUUCUUGUGUAUGGUUUUGUGAUGAUAGUUGACCGUAGAGUUCAACUUUUUAGGAGUUUGCUGAGGAUAUCUGUCCAACAUUCAAAAAUGUGUAUGCUAAAAUCAGCCAGUUAGUUUAGCCUUGCACAUAGCUCACAAAGCUGCAACCUAGCCAAGAAAUAUUUCACAGAUUAAAAAAAAGGAACCAAAAAAACAACAACACACAAAUAGUAAAUUUUACACUUUAAGGCGCUUUAAAGUAAUGCAUUUGAACUAGGCUAGGCUUGCAAGCCAAGCCAUCGUGCUAUCAAGUAGAAGACAGCACAAGAAAAAAACAUCAGCAUAAAUCUAAGCAAAUCUCAGCUCUCAGUCAUUACAAAACUGCUUAAAUAUGUUAACUUAUUCAUCAUGGUAAGGACCAAACGAUGAGACAGAAGUAACAACAUUUAUCUGAAAGACUUAAACACACUAAAUCCAGUGUCUAAACAAAAAUAUAAUUUUAAUUAUAGGUGAGAUGCCCCUUACAUUUGUUUCAGAAUCUAGUAAAUAUUUGUGUAAGUGACAAUCAAAGCCCAUGUACACAUUUGACCCCUUUUUAACCCCAACACUUCAGCCCGCUGUGGUUGAUGUUGCUCAGCUGCUAUAAAGACACCAAAAACUCACAUUUAACUCUACAUCACAUGAUCACUUCUCCCACAGAGCCCCACGCUUUGGUUCAAUUUCAUUCUUAAUCAAACUUUGACCUGUAAACUUUUGUGUUGAAAGUGUGUAUGUUUAGUGUCAUGUCCCACUAUGUCAUAUUCAGACAGACUACUCAGCGUGGACUUUUAUCCAGAGAUAAAAAUACAGCUCAAAGUGUAUGAAAAAAUCUCCAGAAUAAUUAUAUUUUAAUGCCUGCAUAUAGGUCUUCUAACACUGUAUUUAUUCAAACUUAAACAUCUAUAGUUUAUCUCUCUAGUGAAGUCAAAUGAUAUGCAACAGCAAAAAUAACAGCUGCCAUAAAACACUAAACAAUAGCUUAUUUUGUAACAUAGACAUACAAUUGAUUUUGUAUCGAUCAAUGUCAGAUAUAAAGCCACUCAUUAAUGGACUGCAUAAACAUGAUGUCAAACUAAAUAGAUUCCAAGCUGUGCUGCUCCACUCAUCUGUUUCAUUCUGUUCAUUCUGAUUCAUUAUGGGAAUCUUUCGCUCUAAUUUACUCAAAUUUGACAAACUUUAAGCUUCCAAAGCAGCAAUGAGCAAAUGUUGUGAAUCUCAAUGAGAGAAAACAAUUGAAUGGGAGCUACAGUUUUAAUAAUUCUCACUCUUCCUCACAUUACGCCAAGAAAACAAUUGAGAUAUCACUAUUUGUAAUAGACUUUUAUUUCAUGUGAAAUUCUCGUGUAGGUUAAAUUCACUUUAUAAAUAUCAAAUGUGUUUACCUUUUCUGCAAUAUUCACCUGGAAUUAAGAGCAAAUUAUCAACUAUUGAGCAAUAGCAUUGUUUUGUCACUUUUUGUACCUUUUUUUUGUCAUUACUGAUGCUAAAAUGUGUUCUAAAAAUGUGGAUAAUUUUGUGGUCGUGAAUAUUUCCUUUUCCUCUAUUUCACCACAAAUGCAUGCUCAUGUUAGUGACAGUGCUUCAGAAUAUCAGUCUGUUAAUUUUUUCCUUGGACAAAGUGUACAGUGAUAUUGAUCUGUGCAUGAAGUUAGGCAAGCUCCUCAAUAUAUGCAGAUUUAUUACCCACCCACUCUCCUACUUUACCCCCAUUAGCAUGUUUGUUCCGGUGGUAUCUAUUUAUUUUUCUGUAUCAGGAGUGGUUGCAUUAAGUCAUCCAUUGUGUGUCUGGUGGUGAGAAUACAACGAUGUCCUCAAAGCAUGAGCAAUAUAUAGGAUCACUUCUUACGAGAGGACUCAUCCGUUCGUAUGCUGUUAAAGAAAGCAUGAAAAUGAUUGUGUUAUCAUAAGUAUUAUUACAGCACAAGAAUUGAACCCUAAAGACAGUUAACACGUGGAGAGAACCUCUGAAUGUAAAAAAGUUCAGUACCCAUGUUUUUCUUCAGUUUCCUGACGGCAGAGCACUCUAUUUACACGACUGUAUAAAGCAAUAUAUAGCAGAGUAAUGUGUUUGUAAUAAUAAAGCACUAUGUUAAAACAUAA